CAGAAUUAAAUUGAAAUCAGUUCAGUCGAGAAUUCAAUUCAAUUUUCAUCUCCAAAAAUUAGUAAUCAAAGGCGGAAAACCCAUAAUCCCAAGAAAAGAAAAACAUUUCUCGGUGUCUUGUUUUGCUUCUCAGUUGAGUGGACUUGGCGAUCCCUUGCAAUGCAAACACCCGAUGACGUUCGCAACCUCCCCAUCGACAUCACUUUUUCUCGUCUCGGAGAAUGGUUGGUCGAUCGCAAGAGGGUACCCGCAGAUUGGCGGAAGCGUGUGGCUGCCAUCCGGGCUCGAAUUUCCAAGGAAUUCUCAUCCCUUCCAAAGGAUUCUGAUCCCUAUUUUCAAACCCUAGACCCUGAAGGAGUUGGUUAUUUGGAGGCCAAACAGAUAUAUGAUAUUCUCUUAAAGUCCACUCCAGAGAGCCGGAACUUAUUUGGCCGCCUAUCGGGUGCUGCUGGUGCCUGGGAGGCGAUUGUCCGAUCUUUUGAGAAAGAUCAUGUGUUUCUUGGUGAGGCUGCACAGAUUAUGACUCAAAAUGUAAACUAUGAAAUCCCGUAUCAGAGAAAACAGGUGCAGAAGAUUCAACAGCAAUUGCUAGAACUAGAUCGCAAGGAAGCUGAUGUAAAAAGAAGUGCAGCUCUCUCAGCGGCUAAAUAUGCAGAAGCUUGUCAGGAGCUAGGCCUACAGGGAAAAAAUGUCAGACUAGAACUUUUGGAGACGGCAAAAUCACUUCCAAGCACAUUUAGCAAGAUUUUGAAUGUUGUAAACAGUGACAACAUGUCACAAGCAAUCGAAUAUUAUUCAAAUUUUGUUAGAGAUGCUCAUACAGAAAAGGAAAGAUCUUCUGUAACUGUGCUACAAAACCUGACGAGCAUGCGUGAAAAUCCGCCAUCUUUGAAUGUUUCAGUUGGAUCUGAGAUUAAUAAUGUUACUGUUCACUCAAGCAACAAUGAACUAGAUCCAUUAGUGAGCAAUGUGGAAGUUGCCAUGCCAGACAUUGACUGGGAUAUUUCAGUGGAUAGUUCACAGAUUGAUUGGGACAUUGGAACAGUAGAAGAAACGGAUGAUACCAGUAAUGGGUUGGGUCCUUAUGAAAUCAUUAAUGCCUCUGAUGCCAUACAGAUUGCACCAGUGGAGGAUGUCAGAUCAGAUCCAACAAAUCAAGAACUAGGAAUAUCUUGGGAUAUCAGUGUUGAGGCUCCUCAAGCUGAUGUGAUUGAUGAUAUUAAUGCCCAAACUCCAUUAGUGGAAAGUCAAGCUUCUCUUCCAGAUACUGUAUCUCAAUUGACAGAAAACAAGGAUGAAAGGAGCCAGCUCCUAGACACAGAAUACAGAAAUAAGGUUCUUGAUGAUAUAUAUGAGUUAAAAUCCUUUUUAAAUCAACGAUUGGCUGAGUUGAGCAAUGCAGAAACUUUAUCCUUACAACAUCAAGUCCAGGCUGUUGCUCCUUUUGUACUACAGCAGUAUACUCCUGAUGCUAUAGAUAAAAUGCAAAGUGAUGUUUCAUUGGCAAUUUCAUUGCUGACGAAUAGGAAGACAAGGGAUCUGAUUAUGAUUCUCAACUCCAGAAGAUUUCUAGACAGGCUAGUGAAUUCAUUGGAGGAAAAGAAACAUCAUGAAGUGAAGUUGAAAGAUGGUUUGAAGGAUUUGGCUACUAAACGUAUGGAACUGCAGAAUUCUUUAUCUUCAUCGUGGCCAAAACAAGAAGCGGCGUUGGCAAAAACAAAGGAGCUGAAGAAACUGUGUGAGACUACACUUUCAUCCAUGUUUGACGGAAGACCAGUUAAUAUAAUCGGAGAGAUCAACACUCUUUUGAGUAGUGGCUUUGGAGCAUGAAGAGAAGCUUCUUCUGAUAAUGAUCAAGCCUUAGGUGGAUAAAUUAGACAACAUAGCUGAAGAAUGAGGUGUAUGAUCGGAUAGAUACUUUUCUUUGGUAUAGUUGCGUGCUGGCGUUAAAUGUUUAGUGACAAUGUCAAGAAUCUUUGCUGAUAAAUGUUUGGUGACAAGUGACAAGCUGUGAAUGAAAGUAACCUUUGGUACUGUCAUUUGAAAUUGUGUCAUCCGAUUCCGUCAAAUUAUAUCAAAUUUCAAUUUCCUCGUAUUAAGAGAAACAAUU